UUGUCCAGAGAUGCCGGCCACGGAUCGCUUCUCGCGGCUGCAGCUGGCGCUGCUUCUCCUCAUGGCCACUUCCUCGCGAGCUCAGCAGUUUGCCGGGCCGCUGCUGAUGGAGGCCCUGGACUCGAUCGUCCGCAACGACGACCUGCGCUGCGUCCCACGGCUGGUGUGUGAGUUCGCCGCAGGAUCGCGCUCGGCGCAACAGCUGCCUUUCGUCAACGCUGACUUCCUGCUAGCGAUCCUGCGCGUGGACGGCGCGGAGGCGCUGGAGAGUUCGCCGCUGCUGGUGCUGGGUCGCGCCGCGCUCGCCGGCGUGGCGGCUCGCGGCGACCCGCGGCCCUGCUUCGCCGCCUACCCCGCCUGCCCCAGGGAUAGCGACCGCCUCGUCUACUACCUCAACAACCACAACGGCGGCUUCUUCCGCUUCUUCCGACAGCCGUACGGGUACGGCUCUGCAUACAGGCCUGGUGCUCGCUGGGAGUCGCAGAGGGAGCUGCAGGAGACGGACGGGGAUGCAGAGGGUACGCGCACGGGCACCGGGGACCUGCUGCUCGACGCCGCCGACCUUACGCGCUUCCAACGCCCAAACUCCGGGAAGUCACUGAGGUUCCCAUACAAUUCGGAGAGUCCAGAGCCGCUGGGAGACACGCUAUAUGGAGAAGCUCACGUUUUCAACAACGGUGAUCGUGGCAGACGUGGAAGGAAAAUGAAGUUUCCGUCAAGAGACGAAGUUGACGAAAAUUCUGGAUACAUAAACGACGUUCAAGAUAUAGAAGAAGGUGUGCGCUUUACCUCUUUCGGCGCCAGCAACUUGAAAGGGAAGGGAAUCAAAUUCCCGACAAUUUCAGGCGAGACGGAGGGCUACAUUCCAGCUGUCCAGUCUGUUACCGGACAACAGCCCAGGGACCACAGCCUAAGUAAGGGCUUUAAAUUCCCAGACAUAGAAGACGACCAGCAGCAAGAAGAAUACAGUUAUGUUGCUAAAAGGAACAGCUAAUUCAAGCCGUUACUUACCAUAUGGUCAAUGGACAAGAUAACGUCUCAAAUGUUCUGCAUUUGUGCACGCAGAACUGUUCUAAAACAUCAGUUUUUUUUAAGUUUGCAGUCUGAAACCUUGAAAUAGGGCUCUUAUUUUCUGACAUAUAUCGUCAUCAAAUCUACUUAGACGACAGCAAUGAGCUUAAGCAUCAAAGGAAGAGACACCCCUAAUCAGUGAAGUUAUUCAGUUUCUAGUAACUGAGAAUUAUUGUACGCGCUCGUUCUUUGUCAAUGAUAUAACUUAAUGAAAUUUCUGUUGCAUUUUGAUACAGUAUCUCCGUAAUCAAUACAGUAAUUUACUCCUCCUUAAUAACGUAGUUUUAAAAGAAGAAGCUCGAGGGAAAAGAGAAUGAAACUUAAAAACUAGUUGCCACACGAAUGUGGUUUAUGGGUCAGUUAAAGUCUAUGUUAAUUGUCAGAGACUUUUGACCACAGAAACGCAACAGAUGAACGUGUGAUUCUUACUGCUUUGCCAGAUGAAGCUCCAGCCAUUCCACAGAUAGGGGAUUCUUCAUGUACAUUCCAUACAUGUGAUUAAACUUCGAUUUAGAGAACUUUAAUCUUUUGGAAACCUUAUAUUAAAUUCUGUUUGGCCGUUUGGUUAUCAGACAGCCAGUUGAGCGGUUUACCAGCCACUGAAUGGUGUUGUAACAUCCCUAGUUUUGCUUCUACGUGGUCUCCGUCAGCUUAAUGAAACUAUAAUCAUGCCGUUCCUAAGGACAGGCAAGAAGUUUUGUCUUUCUUUUCUUUUCUUUUCUUUUUUUUUUUUUUUGGUAAACUGAAAUAACUGACAUGCACCACAAGAAAUUACCUGUAAAUAUGUAAUAUAUUCAUUGUGUAACGGUAAUUAAUUUAUUUAACGUUUUGUACAUAAUAAUCUGACAUUUAUUUUGUAAUAAUAAAGUUUAUGCUCAUAGGCUAGAAACUACAUUUGUAAUAUCUCAUCACUGUAACUUCCAUAGAACUGAACAUUUCAGAGUUGUAUGCGUUGUAUGUAACUGACGUAUACAAGAAGUGUAUUUUUUCAUUU